GAGAGAGAAAAGCAAGAAGUCAAAGGAAAAAAGCAGCAGCGAUAAGAUACUGACGGAUAUUUUGCUCCUGCUAGUAGCAGCGAAAAAAUAGAGGAUUUUUUGCGGGAUCACAACAAAAGUGGAUUAUAUUUGCAUCAUUUCGUCGGAGGUGUAUUGAGUUUUCACUUGAGCCCAUCUAGUUCAUUGUCGGACACAUUGGGAGCUAACCGAAAGCUCUCUCUUCCACAACAAAUAGCAGCGGGAGACAUUUGUGUCGAAAAGUGAAGGACCUUAUUUUUAGUAUUCGAUUGGGUGUUUUGAGGAAUACUGAAAGUUGACACUCCGAAAAUGUGUCGGAUACUAGUUUUCCUCCGGCGUUAAAACAAAGCGAUCAUCAUUAACAUUGGCGGACAGUGAAACGGAAGGUAUCGCGGAUACGGAACUGAGAGUAUAACAAUGUUUGGAAACAUGGCCUGCAAGAAGCGGAGAGUACAUGUGUUCAGUCUACUAGUGGUCCUUCUUCAGUUGGAAGUACAGGUUCGGUCACAAUCUCCGCAACAACAUCAACAAAGCGAUCAGCUCAGCUUCGGAGCGGAGGAAAUGUUCUCACCAUCUUCGCAGAAUUUAAUGGAGGAAAUGUUCCAUCGGCACGGAGGUGUCGCCAGAACAAUAGGAGUGGAGAAAACAAGUCCCGAGCUGGUGGGGAAUUUAAUCUUCCAGCCGAGCUUACUGGAUUUCCUUGAGCGCUCAAUCGGCGAUCCGCACAACCAGGUGGUUAUCCUUAUCAACAAACACAAGAGCCGGAGCGUUUACCUGGGCUCUAUAUCCGGCAGCACGCCGGACUUUUAUAGCUCUUACUUUAAGGAUAUAGUUAUUCCACCGGAAGGAAACACUACAUUUAAUGUGGUGUUUCUGCCUCGUCAGCUGGGAGCCACGGCCGGGUCGAUCGAAAUCCAUACAUCAUUCGGGCUGCUGCAGUAUCAAGUCAAGGGAGAAGGCACCGAGUGUCCCUACAGAUUGCGGCCAUUGGUGGGUCUUAAAGCACCAUUAAAUGCCACCCUUACACCAGAGAUUACUCUUCACAAUCCACACGAUACUACCCUACAGAUCAUAGAGAUUUAUAGUAGUGGUGGUAAUUUUCAGUUGGAACUGCCCAGCGGGGCACAAGAGGGCCCACAGGCUUUGUGGGAGAUUCCACCGCACAGCACAAGAAGUGUGAUCAGGGUACGAUUCCACGGUAAAACGGCCGGUAACCACACGGCUUACGUGAGAAUAAAAAUCUCCGGUGGAAGCGAUGAGCCAACACUAAUAGAUAAGAUGUUGGUGGUUCCGAUCGAGAUUGAAAUUGUCAAAGAGACGGGAAUUUAUUCCAAGAUGCCUUUUGUUGAUCUAGGCACCGGUGCGACAAAUGAGAACGUAACUAAGCUAAGCUUGGACUUGACCAAUUCUGGAAAUCGCCCAGUAAACAUUCGCUCCUGGGGCAUAACCACUAAAUAUGUUGAGUCGCUAUAUUGCUUUCAACUUCACAUACUACCAUUUAACGCUCACCUUGUGAUGAACGUCGAAAUUGACUGGGCGAAAAUAAUCAGAUUGUCAGAUUUCCAGAUGAUCAGUGGAGAGUUUGCCAUUCAUUACGUCCUAGAGGAUGAUGAUUCUCAGGAAGUUCGCUCUUAUGUAAUACCUUUCGUCGGGCAGGUUCUCAAAGGCAGUUUGAAGCAUAACGCGGAUGCACUCAAAUUCUCAUCAUCCAGCAAUAAUUCAGAACAGCUCGAAGUGCCUCGACCGCUGGUAAUCCGAAAUAAAUACAAUGUGCCAUUAUCAAUCUCCAACAUCACCGUACCUGAGGAUUGUUCGAGAAAUUUUCGAAUCGAAGGUUUUCGGCCUAGAAUCGUACAGCCGGAUCAGGAGGAAACGCUUCUCCACAUAUCACGGAUACUUUCAAACAGUUCGAAUCGAUCCGUCGCAACAUAUAUUCGUUUGUUGACAAACGUUACGCAAUAUGAUCUCCCCGUUUAUAGUUACACUGGAAAGCUGAAACGUAUAUUACCCUACUCGAUAACCAUCACUCGCCCUACGGUGGAUUAUGAACAGCUCGAUCUGGAUGAACGCGAGCUUAACUUUGGGAUCCUGCCUAUUUCAACAAUCGGCGAAACGCACGUUGCAUUUUUCAACGCAAAUCCGGUUGAAGUUCCAAUCCGUCACUGGAAGGGUGCGAUCACCUCGGGUAGCUCCGGUGCUCCCACCAUAACGGUUAUUCUGCGAGAAUGUGGGCCAUAUUACAAUGAAAAUAUUGCGUUCUGUCACACGCUUCAGCCGAGCCAUUGGAUCGUCUUUCAGGUGAGCGUCCAGUCGAGUACCACUGAUAGCUAUCAGGGCACGUUCAGUAUAACAACGGACUACGAGGAAAUUGUUACGCCUAUUAGCUUCACAACAGCAGUCGGAAAGUUGGAUUUGAACCGGGAGCUGCUGCACUUUGAUAACUGCUUUCCGGGAAAAUUAUGCUCGCUCAAUCUGACAGCGCACUCAACGUUCCUAUCCAAGAUACACGUGGAGGGCAUCAAGACCGAUGUAGACGGAAUAGAAUACGCUGUGGAGAACCGACAUCCAGUGAUACAUCCGAACACGGUAGCCAACAUUGGUCGGCUUGUGUUCGAUCCGAAAGCGUACUGCAAGACGGACUGCUACAGCAGCUUCGAUCUGCUUUCCAAACCGUUCGGGGUGAAAUGGAUGGCCACUUUGGAUAAUUAUGAGCAAUAUCGGAAGCUGGACAGCGAAAAACUGCAACAGCAGCUGCGACUGUACACCGAGAUGAAGCAAUCGAUGAAAAGCAUUCGGUUUCAGCUGACAACGGAACCGAUUCGGAAAUUUGAGUUUAACGCUACAGUAGAUCUGGUCUGGCCGAAGCUUCUGACGGAAAAUAUACACUUCCCGACACUGCAGGUGGACCAAGAAGCGGUUAAACUUAUCACGAUCAACAAUCCGUCGGAUCAGAUUUUGUUCGUUCAUUUGGUGCUUCACGACGUUAACGUCCAGGGUAAGGAUGUGAGCGCAAUCCCGCAAGAGGUUUUAUCUAAGUGCGCAAACUGUAGUUUGAGUGGGGAAAACGUAUUUUCCUUUUUCCUAUUUGAUUACGACGAUAUCUAUGUGAAUUACGUGAAGCCUCAAUCGUUUCUCAAGAUAGCGGUGAAGUUUACGUCCAAAGAACCCGGAACAUACUCGACGAUAUUCUACAUGCGUAACAAUCUGACAUUGAUCGAUGCCGUUUGGAUACAGGCGAAAGCCGUCGUGCCACAGUUCAAAUUCGGUAACAGAAAACCUGGUUCACCAACGGCGUUGCAAUUUGAAAUCACCGACAAACAUUUGAAGAUGUGCUCGAAACUACAAGAACCCGACGUGGAGGAGAAUGAAGUUUACAUUCAGACGAAGCGUUCGUUUACGGCACGGAACUACGGAGAAGUUCCCAUUACUAUAUCUGGCAUUCGAGUGGAGGAUAUUCUUUGUGAGGGCUAUGGAUUUAAGAUUCUCGAUUGCUCACCAUUUGAGCUGCUGCCGAACGCGAGUAAGAAAAUCGAGAUAGCCUUUUCUCCGGAUUUCACUUUGGCAAGAGUGACAAGGACCCUGAACUUCGAUACGAACAUAAAUACUCCGGUGAAUUUCACACUGCUGGGAACGGUUCCGGCACACGGGCUAGAAAUGUGUGGCUUGAGUUUGAAACGACCUUGGUUCGAACCGAUGCUACGAGUCGUUCUGAUCUGCGUGCUGUCGGUUGUUUUCAUUGGAACUUUGGUGACAGCUUUCCUAGACGCGAAUAACGUUAUCAAUGAUCAUAUUCUCAAUAUGUCCAGGGAUCGGGGUCCCAUCCAACCACCACUGGAUCUCCGACAAAUCGCUCUUGAGAGUCAGGCGGCUGCGGAUGACAGUGCAGAGAAAAACACAAUAAGUCUGAACAAUAACUCCAAAACCAGUCAUAAUCACAACAAUUCUAAAAAGAAGCCUUCUUCAAAGCAACAAAACGCUAAAAUUCCGAAUGGAAACGCAACUAGUUUAAACAAAUCUUGGAAUGAUUUCACCACCAAACUCGGAAGUGAUUCGAGCUCAAAGCCUAUCGAGUCACCGACAAGUAAAGCUUCGCCUGAGCCAGAAAAACGGUCUCAGAAAUAUCGUCGCUCUAUUACUCCUCCUAAGGAGGAAACUCCUGUACGAACUUCAACCUCGAAUAGCAGCAGCAGCAGCAGCAGCAGCAACAAUAGUAUCGCCAAAGAACUAAGCAAAGCUUCAGUGGAAGAGGAUUGUAGUUCGACUGCUACUGACAGUUCGGAGACGUCUUCAACGAUAUCUUCUGCGUCGAUCUCGUCUUCCGGAUCCGCGGUUUCAAGCAAAACAACUCCGCCGCUGCCUCUACCGCUUCAGCAAUCGGCAAGUGAGAUUAAAUCUCCUAAAAGUGCAACCGCAAAUCAGCCGCAGCAUGAGAAUACUUUGAAGAAAAAUGCUCCCAGUGACUUAAAACUAGAAUCGAAUUCAACGCUCAAUGUGAACAACUUCCUCGAAAAUCAGAGUAUUAACAAUGAUCAUCAUCAACAGCGGCAACAACAGCAGCAGCAGUCUAAAGCUACGUUAAAUCAACAACAGCUACAGCCUUGUCAAGAGCAAUUCGCGAAAUCGAACGUUAAAAAAACCAAAAGCCUACCGGUCAGUUGCUACGAGGGAUUUUCGCAUUCACUCCGUACAUCAAUCGACAAUAUUACUAACUUUCAGAUGCAAUCCAAGCACGGAAAUGUGCCGUCUCCGAUUCCACCAUCUACGACAGGACAGCCGAAAGAUUCUUAUAACAUCAAUAGCAGCAGCAACAGCAGCAGCAGCAGCAGCGGUGGUGGCUCUCGAAAUGGCAGUAAAAAUGUGGGAAAUGAAAAGUCAGUUAAAUAUUCCAACAAAAAUUCGGAUAAAUCGAGAGAAUAUCUCUCGAAGGAAAACGGACACCUCCCCAAUGAACAAAGUGGAAAGAACGAUUCCUUGCAACCGCGGAAAUAUGGUAAAACACUUGGUCGCGAACGUAAGUUGAACAAUCAGAAUAAAAAAGGUUCGAACCAUAAAAAUUCGCACAAGUCGCAGCAAGCACAAUUUCCCCCGUCGAAUUCAUCCAAAUCAGGAAUCGGUGGAACCAACGCCAAUACGAUGAGUUUUUUCCACAGUAAUAAUAUACCGACGAGUCAAAUUACGGCGCCUUCAAGCAUUUGGGGUGAAAAUCGGGCUCGUUUCAGCGAUGUUGUAGCGCAGGCCACCACUGAAAAAUCCGGUAACUCUCACGGAACAACAUUAGCUGUUGGCCCGAAACCGCUGAAAUUCGAUUUGAACACUAAUUUGGAUCAUGUUUUGGGAGGAACCGGUUUUGGUAGUGGCGCGAUGAAUUCAAUUGCUGCGUCAUCUCAGAAGAACGAGGCUCCAAAAGUUGCUGCAAGUCUGUUCGGCAAAGCGAAAGACGACUGCUAUGUUGGGUUGGAUAAAGAUCUCAGUGUUCAUGUUGGCUCGGAGCUUGGUCCGAUCGGAACCGCUAAGAAGUCGCCAUUGGCAGCACCGAAGUGUUGGGAACCUUUUGGAAAUCUUAUGCACAGACCGGCUUCCACUGGUGGUGGCGAUCUAUCAAAUCCGGACAGUUAUUUUUCGCAAACAUUCGCAGAUUUCAAUCACAACGGUAACGAGCAAUUCCGGGCAGCAAAUAAUUCUUUUGCUUCUACCAACAACAGUGGACGGAUGGAUAAUCAGAAUCAAUUAGCUUUCGGAGGUUUGAACAGUGCACACGGAUUAAAAAGCUGCGGUGACAUGGACCCGGUUAAUCAGCCGAUGGCUAUGGUGGAUCAGUGCGAUUGGGAUUCGAAUCAAAUCCUCUGGCAAAUGAUUCAAAAAUCCGAAGAACUCAGUUCACCUUCACAUAUCGAUUGGCGUUCCCUGUGGGCGAUCCCGUCGAUGUUCCCCAAUCAGACAAACCCACAGCAUCAGCAAAAUAUCCCAACUACAUCCGCUAUGCCUAUGAAUUCGCGAUUAACAAAUAACUGGCUCAACCCUGGAAGCAGCAGUCGACCUCCCCAAAUGCCACUUCGUGCUCCGCCGGGCUUUUCACCGGUGAAGCCCAACCCAAAUUCUGCGUUAUUAGCUCAAGCUCAGAUGCAACAGAUGACGAUGGUUCAACAGCAGCUAAAGCAGCAACAGCAACAACAACAGCAACCGCAACCGCAACCUACUCAACAGAAUGCGCUGCAUGAUCUACAGGAUAAUGUCAACGGAGUCAACGGCAGUUCUUCCUCGGUUCCGGCAUAUGAUCCUUUCCGUUUGAGUUCGAUAUGGGCACCGGCAAACACCGGGAACGAUGCUUGGAACGAGAAGAAGUAGGCAGUAAUGGCUAAAACAUUGAACGGAAAACAGUUCUAUUUUCUUAAAUUUUACUCUUUGAACUAGUUUUAUCGAACCGUAGAUACUCAACCAUUCUUUUUCUUUCUCUGUUUCAUUUGAACUAUAUUCAUCGCAUUCUUUUUAACGCGCGCUGAUUGAAUCACAAGGCGAUUUUUCGUUACUAAUCUUUUUCAUCAGUUUGAAUUAUUGCUGAUAUUUUUUUUUUCUUUUUGUAAUUCAUUAACAUUUUUCGUUUCACACAAACGCUAUUCCUACGUAUUUGCUUAUAUGGAAAGCUCCUUAGUGUUAAAGCUUCAAUAGAAUUUCAUACCAUAGACAAACAAGCAGAAAGUUUGAUAUCAGGAGCGAAAAGUGGAGUAGAUCAAGCGCCGAUGUGGAGCCGUAAUGAGCAAAUUAUAUAAUUGAAUUUACGAAACAGCGCAAAAUAUGAAUAAUAUUCAAUUGGAAGUACAUUGCAA